AUGGCGGAGAACAAUGCCCAUCAUCUACAGCAGCAGCCGACGCAGCAGCAACCACCAAACAUCCAGGAACAGGUGCUGCAAAUUCUUUCCAACCAGCAGCUGCUAAUGACGCAAAUUCUCCAGCAACAAAGCGCCACGCAGCUUGCCAUCCGCAAUCUUUCCUACGACGAAAGGGUGCUGGACUCGCUUUCGAGCAACAUGGCGGAGUUCGUGUAUGACAAAGACAAUGGACAUACGUUCGACGCAUGGUUUUCCAGGUAUGUCGACCUUUUUGACAAGGACGCCCGGAAGCUCGAUGACGCAGCGAAAGUGCGAUUGCUCCUGCGAAAGCUUAGCCCACCCGACCACGAGCGCUACAAUAGCUUCAUUCUGCCGAGACUCGCUCUUUCCAUCUUCCGCCGACGAUUCAACUGUCUCCAGCUCACCAAGGAGGAGAGUGACGAUUACCUGGCAUACUCGUGCAAGGUGAACAAGGCAUGUGUUGAUUCCAAACUUUCGGAAUUAACUGAAGAGCAGUUCAAAUGCCUUAUUUACGUCUGUGGUCUGAAGUCAAAUCAAGAUGCCGAAGUUAGAAUGCAUCUCAUCAACAAGCUGAACGAGAACGUCAAUCUGACGCUACAACAAGUCGUGGAUAAGUGUAACAGCCUCAUCAACCUGAAACAGGACACCGUGUUGGUGGAAAAUCCGUCGUCCGUGGUGAAUGCCGUUGUUUACGACAAGCGGUCGAAAUCGAAGCAUCAGUCAGCAGCAUCGAGUUCUUCCAAUCAACGUGAGCAACCAAAGACGCCCUGCUGGUCAUGUGGGGGCAUGCACUACAACAAGGACUGCCGGUUUCGAGACCAAAAAUGCAACGAGUGCGGCAAGGUUGGGCAUCGAGCAGGUUAUUGUGCUUGCUUUCAAUCAAGGUCUGCAUUAAACGCAAACACGACACCUAGGAAGAAGAAGAAGCAACCAUCGACGAAGACGGUGACGAUCCGAAACAUCAUCCAGGGUCGGAAAUUCGUCAAGCUUCAGAUCAACAACGUACCCCUUCGCUUACAAUUGGACACAGGGUUCGAUAUUUCGAUAAUUUCGCACCGAUCGUGGAUCAAACUCGGUCGUCCCCACACGAAACCAAAGGUUUGCACCGCGCGAACAGCUUCCGGAGAGCCACUCGAUCUUGUUGCCGAGAUGUGGUGCAACAUUUCCCUCAAUGGAGUCACAAAAGGGGGUAAGUGUUUCGUCGCCGCUCCUAACGUCAGUCUCGACAUUCUAGGAAUUGACUGGAUGGAUUUGUUUGGGUUGUGGAACCAGCCAAUCACAUCGUUCUGCAACCAGGUCAGCGCUCAACCAAGUCAGUCGCUGGCUACCCUCCAAGCUCAGUUCCCCGAAGUUUUCACUAACGAGAUGGGCCUCUGCAAGAAGGCUCCCGUCAAGCUGGUCCUGAAAGGCGAUCCGAAACCAGUUUUCAAGCCAUCAUCGAAGCGUCCGGUAGCGUACUGCAUGGAAGGUGUGGUAGAGGACGAGAUUUGUCGCUUAGAGAAUCUGGGCAUUCUGAAGAAGGUGGAUUUCGCUGAAUGGGCAGCACCAAUCGUAGUGGUCCGGAAACCCAAUGGCACCGUCCGGAUUUGUGCUGAUUUUUCGACUGGCUUGAACAGCGUACUCGAGCCGAAUCAGUACCCUCUACUGCUAUCCGAAGAUAUAUUCGCCAAAAUGUCCGGAUGUCGGGUGUUUAGCCAUAUCGACCUUUCUGAUGCCUACUUACAGGUCGAGGUCGAUCCGGAGAGUCAACCGCUGCUCACAAUAAACACCCACAAAGGCCUCUUUCAAUUCACCCGCUUGUCACCCGGCAUCAAAUCUGCCCCAGGCGCAUUCCAACAGCUGAUGGACCCGAUGCUCGCUGGUUUACCGUGUACCGUUGGUUAUUUGGAUGACAUCGUAGUGGGAGGUCGAACGGAAGAGGAACAUCGGCGCAACCUUUUCCUUGUGUUGCAACGACUGCAAGCAUUCGGCUUCACUGUCCGCAUAGAGAAAUGCAGCUUUCACAUGCGGCAGGUGAAAUAUCUCGGACAGAUCCUCGAUGGCGAUGGAAUUCGUCCAGAUCCGGACAAGAUUGCUCCGAUUGUCAACAUGCCAGCUCCGCACGACGUCACCGCGUUGCGCGCAUACCUUGGCGCAGUAAGCUACUAUGGCAAGUACGUUCCAGAGAUGCGCUCCCUUCGACACCCCAUGGAUCAGUUGCUGAAGGCAGGAGAAAAGUUCGAAUGGUCACCAGCUUGCCAGAAGUCGUUCGACCGUUUUCGAGAAAUUCUUCAGUCCCCGCUUCUGUUGACGCACUACAACCCAAAACUUGAAUUAGUUGUGUCGGCAGAUGCUUCCUCCGUUGGUCUGGGUGCCCGAAUCGCACAAAUUUUUGGAUGGCACCGUGAAAGCCAUUUGCCACGCUUCGCGCAGUUUGACAGCAGCGGAGAGUAA